CCACUCCACGCCCAUUGGCGGCUGCACCGGUCACGUGCCGCCCUUAGCAACACACCUGGGCUUCCUUAGCGACGGGCGCUGAGGAGCGGGUGGGAAUCGGGAGCUGGGAACGGGAAGCGGGAAGCAGGAACUUGAACCGGGAACCGGGAGCCGACCCCGACCUCUGGGGAUCCGCGACUGAUUCCGUCUCACAAUGACUCAGUUUUUCAAUAAUAUUGAGCCAAAUGUUAUUGAUGAUGAAAUGCUCCAGAAAGCCAUUGAAGAGAAGUGUCCAGAGGACCUUGGAGAUAUUGCCAGAAGGGAAAGUAUUAACGUUAAGGUUGUGACAGAGAUACAAUUUAGUUUUAAAAACAUCCUGCAGAUUGCUAAUCUUUGGCCAUUAGAGAAUCUGACUAAACUGCAGCUGGACAACAAUGUCAUUGAGAAGAUAGAAGGUCUGGAGAGUCUGGUUCACCUUGUAUGGCUUGACCUGUCCUUCAACAAUAUUGAAGUAAGAGGCCUGGAUACUCUUGUCAAACUGCAGGACCUCAGUCUCUACAAUAACAGAAUAUCUAAAAUUGAGCACAUGGACACAUUGCAAGAGCUGCAGAUUUUCUCCAUAGGGAAGAAUAACCUGACCAUUCUGGAAGAUGUAAUCUACCUCAGGAGGUUAAAAAGCUUGCAGACACUGAACCUCAGUGGGAACGCUUUCUGCAGAGAAGAGCACUACAGGCUGUUUGUUGUUGCUCAUCUUCCCAGCCUGGUGUACUUGGACUUCAAGCUCGUGAGAAACUCCACGAGAGAAGCUGCAGCUUUAAAGUAUCAACAUCUUACUAAGCCAUUGGAGCAAGAGGAGGCUCAGGUCCUUGCUCUGCAGGAGGCAGAAGAUGCAAAGCAGAAAGAGCUGGAGUACCAGCAGGCAGCCUUUGUUGAGUACCUGAACGGACCGUUCCUGUAUGACAGUCUGCAUGAAGAGGAUGGAGAAGCUGCCAAACUGGUUUCCCUCCCUGGAGUGGAGGAGCUGCUGCAGGCAUACAAGGAGGAGUUUGUCUUAGUUUGUGAGAACCUGUAUAAGUAUGGACUGGAAGAGUAUGAAAAACGAGAAGCUGAAGUCUCUAAAUUCUACAAAAGACUCCAUGAAAUUCUGGCAGUCAACCAGCAAGAAAGCAGGAGAAUAAUCUCAGACUUUGAGAGUCGGAACCAAAGGAGGCUGGAUGAGCUUUAUCAGGACGGGAGUGGUGAAAUUGCUGACUCUAAAAGAGCCCAGGGCAAGGAGGAGAUCCAUCAGCUGUGGGAUGCACUCAUGAUCUUGGAAGCACUGGUAUCCAACGACCUGGAGGAACUGUUAGAGGACUUUAAAAGAAGCAUUGAUGUCAUAGCAUCAACAUUCACUGAAAACGUUCAAGGGAUGUUUAGCCAGUGCCGGGACCUGGAAAACCAACACCUUGAAAAGGUGAUGGAGAUUGUCCAGGCCACCCUGAAGAAAAUAGAGCGCUUUGAGCUUGAAGAGGAUUUCCCAGAUGAUCUUCGAAUGCUCUUUGAGGACAAAACCACCGUUGUCAACAUCAUCAACGUGUCCCACAGCAUCCGCCUGCGGAAGAUUGAUAAGCGAGAGAGCGACAUGCUCUCCAACACCUACCAGUGGCAGAAGUCAGUCAUAGAGAAGGCUUUCCAAACUGAGAGUGACAGAAACCGUGCCUGUAUUGAAAAGAUCAUUUGCUUCACCAACACUCUGCAGAAGGAGCUGGAUAGCACAGUGAUCCUGGAUCCUAAAGGAUAGGGCUGGGGAGCUGCCUCAGCUGGGGCACACAGGACAGCCCCCAGCAGGAACAGCUGCCUCUCUAUGGCCAAGCUGCCUGGGACAUUUCAGUCCAAAUUCACAUUUCUUCCAUCCCACCAUAAACUGCAAAUAAAAGCUACUUCUUGACUCUGGAAAAGCAUCCAAAGCCCUGUCUCUUCCAUCACAUUGUCACUAAGCCCAUGCA